CGCAUCUUGGCGCCGCUGACACCGGCGUCUUAGGCAAGCGCGCGCUUGCUACUCAGAACAGGGUGUCCCAAAUUUCAGUGACCAAGGUUCCCAUCCCCCUGCAGCCAUGCCUUCUGAUUUAGCCAAGAAAAAGGCUGCAAAAAAGAAGGAGGCAGCGAAAGCCCGCCAGCGAGUCAAGAAACAUGAGGAGGUAAACGGAGAGGCAGAGCAUGUAAACGGGCAGGAAAACGCAGCUGAAAGUAACGGCGUAUCAAACGGAGAUGUGGCUGCCCUCACUAAAGAGCUGGACGAGUUCGAGCUGCGUAAGAUGGAGGCUCGGGCGGUGACGGGCGUCCUGGCGUCUCACCCCAACAGCACAGACGUCCACAUCAGCAGCCUCUCGCUCACUUUCCACGGCCAGGAACUACUGAGCGACACCAGCCUGGAGCUCAACUCCGGCCGACGCUACGGUCUCAUCGGCCUCAACGGCACGGGGAAGUCGAUGCUGCUUUCGGCCAUCGGCCAUCGUGAGGUUCCCAUCCCAGAACACAUAGAUAUUUACCACCUGACCCGGGAGAUGGCCCCCAGCGACAAGACGGCCCUACAGUGUGUCAUGGAGGUGGAUGAGGAGAGGAUUAAACUAGAGAAAGAGGCAGAGAGGCUGGCCCACGAGGACUCGGAGUGUGAGAAGCUGAUGGAGCUGUACGAGCGUCUGGAGGAGUUGGAUGCAGAUAAGGCAGAGGUUCGAGCCUCACGCAUUCUCUACGGUCUGGGCUUCACCCCCGCCAUGCAGCGCAAGAAACUCAAAGACUUCAGUGGAGGAUGGAGGAUGCGUGUCUCACUCGCCAGAGCCCUGUUCAUUAAGCCCUUCAUGCUCUUGCUGGAUGAGCCCACUAAUCAUCUGGAUCUGGAUGCCUGUGUGUGGCUGGAGGAAGAGCUCAAAUCGUUCAAACGGAUCCUUGUGCUGAUCUCACACUCUCAGGACUUCCUAAACGGCGUGUGCACCAACAUCAUUCACUUACAUCAGAGGAAACUCAAAUACUACACUGGCAACUAUGACCAAUAUGUGAAGACCAGGGAAGAGCUGGAGGAAAACCAGAUGAAACGAUACAACUGGGAGCAGGACCAGAUAGCACAUAUGAAGAACUACAUAGCUCGGUUUGGUCACGGCUCAGCCAAACUGGCCCGUCAGGCCCAGAGUAAAGAGAAGACGCUGCAGAAGAUGGUGGCCUCUGGCCUGACAGAGCGAGUGGUCACUGACAAGACUCUGUCGUUUUAUUUCCCUCCCUGUGGGAAGAUUCCUCCCCCAGUCAUCAUGGUCCAGAACGUCAGCUUCAGAUACUCAGACGACACGCCGUACAUAUAUAAAACGCUGGAGUUUGGGAUUGACCUGGACACACGGGUAGCUCUGGUGGGUCCUAACGGGGCAGGGAAGUCAACACUCCUCAAACUACUGAUGGGAGAGCUCCUCCCCUCAGACGGUAUGAUCAGAAAGCACUCACAUGUGAAGAUUGGCAGAUAUCACCAGCACCUUACAGAACAGCUGGAGCUGGACCUGUCUCCUCUGGAGUACAUGAUGAAGUGUUUUCCCGAGAUCAAAGAGAAGGAGGAGAUGCGGAAGAUCAUCGGACGUUACGGCCUGACAGGCAAACAACAGGUGAGUCCGAUCAGGAACCUGUCGGACGGACAGAAGUGCCGUGUGUGUUUUGCGUGGCUGGCGUGGCAGAACCCUCACAUGCUCUUCCUGGAUGAGCCCACCAACCACCUGGACAUUGAAACCAUCGACGCCUUGGCCGAAGCCAUCAACGAGUUUGAGGGAGGAAUGAUGCUUGUCAGCCACGACUUCCGACUCAUUCAACAGGUUGCCCAGGAGAUAUGGGUGUGUGAGAAACAAACCAUCACCAAAUGGAACGGAGACAUCUUGGCAUACAAAGAGCACUUAAAGUCCAAAAUCGAGAAACAGACACACGACAUUUAAAAUCGACCGACCGGAUAGGCCUUUGAAUUCUUCUCUGUCUGUCAAGGAUACAUCCCUGCCACC